CACACUACUCCGUAUUAAACCCAACAUUCCCCUACUCUCCCUCCCCCCCCAGCCCACAUAUAUUCUCCUCGAAUAUAUUCCUUGUCAAGUCCCUCUUAAAACUCUUAAAACAAUCAAUCUAAGCGCCGUGCAUCAGGUAUCGUCAAUCACCCCCGCUACCCGCCAUACAUUUCAUGCCGAGUGAGUCGGGGUUACAGCAACCCAUCCGGCACCAACCCAAAAAGUUCCCAUACAAGGAUAUCUCUAAAUCACACAACUGCAUCGUCUCAAAAGACGACCUCGCGGCUGCUGGUAAGCAGGUCGUGUUCAUACUCCACGGUGACCGAACAUCUCAGAUAGAGACUGAAGAAUAUAUCCAAGUAGAUUGGAUGGGUUUGGAACUUAUUCGGCUUUCGAACACGAUGGCGCACCAUUGAUGAAUAAAUAUCUACGAGUCCCUAGGCCUUGCGAAGAACCCAGUGUUUGAUCGCAUCGAAGAUAAUUAGAGUUUGGGGCUGGCCCUUUUUUACCACCGUCCUUUCACUUCGCCCACAAUGGAUCCAACCACGACUCUCAUGGCUUUCAUGCUCCAGACAUCUUCCCAUGCACGAUCGGUGCAACUCAUUGGAUCGUGGGACAACUUUUCCAAACGGUAUCCGAUGGAGAAGGAUGCCAGGCGUGGACAUAGGGAAUGGAGAGGCUGCUAUUCAUUCAAAGACAUUAUCUGCGACGGCGACUUUGCGAACUCUGCAAAACGUAGUGGCGGGCUGAAGAUGGGGCAUACAUACUAUUACUAUUACGAAAUAGAUGAUGGUAUUGAGAUUCAUGAUCCCACUCGCCCAUUUACCACCGCAUGUCAGUAUCUGCCUGGUCAGCCUGUCAACUUUCUAUGGGUUCCAGUUGAAGAGAGUCCAUUGAGAGAACGGAGCGCAUCAGUAGGCGCAACAGGGACGGAUAUCAAAACCAUGAACCCCGCAGACAAGCAUCUGACCCCGCGAGCGCCACCUCCAACACCGAAGUCGCUUCCACGAUUAAACACUUCUCCUGGUGUGGUUGCUAGGAACAGAGGUGCAAGGUCGACGUCUCCUGUCCCUCGAUCACCCUGGUCUGCCCGAGUUCUCUUCGGCCUUAAAUCUCCUAUUUCUGCCGCGCCGAAUAAUGAUCGCCGGCUCUCACCCUCACGGAGUUACGAGGGCGAUGCUCACAUCAGCUAUCCAACGUUAGUGAGCAGCUCAGACAAACGAGCCACUGCCUUGUCUGGGAAGACAGGCCCCGGAGAGACAUCAUCACCACCCACCCGGAAUCCAGCACCGAGAGAUGCAGCCUCACCAAACCUCCCUAUCCACUCGGAUAAGAACUCACUUUCGUCUCUCUUCAUAUCCAUCCCCCACGACAGCUUCGAAGAGGAAUUCGAAGACAACGACAACUUCGCCAGCACCUCCCACCAACCCAUCGACGACGAAAAGUCCUCCAUCACCUCCCUCUCCCCGCCGCCUCCAAAACACCUCACCCUCGCCCCCACAGAAUCAAAAUCCCUCCCACAGCUCCCCGAAGACGCCUCCUCCUCAAUGGUUCCCUCGCCUCUCCACGUCCUCCCGCAACCCCUCUCCUUCAACGAGAGAAUGAAUCCCAAAUCCCACUUCUCCAUCGACAGCAUCACCACAAGCUUCGCCUCGCUCGCCGGGAGCCAGUUUGAUAGUUCGAGUCCCUCGGCUUAUGAUUCGACUGACGAAUAUGUGGUUACGGAUGAUGGGUUCGAUUUUGGCUUUUCGACGCCGAAACCUCCUGUCGUCGUUUUAGGGGCGGAAAGGGAUGCGCAGGCGGGGAGUUUCUAUGGGUAUAGUCUUCCGCUUGGACCGGCUGAUGAUGGGAUGGAUAAACAUAAUCGCUCGGAUAGCUUGGCUACUAUUACACUUGAGCAAGGCGGUGCGAGGUCUUCGUUUGGGUCGCCGGUGUUCCAGAGUAAUUCCCCGUCAUCACCGGAUACGAGGACUGCUACAGCGCUUGAUGAGCUUCUUGAUGAACUGGGGUAUCUUGGGGAUUUUAUCUCUGGGGCUUAACAGAACCUCCAGCUCCGAAGGUACUGUCUGACACUGGAUGUUCUGCAAUAUUUUUGGACUUGCGGGCCCAUUGUACCGAUCUUGUAAUUCGGUAGAUAUGGCUCUACCUUGAUGUAUAUAUUUUGCUUUGAAUACGGAGCCGCGCAAGGAACUGUCUAUAUUCGAUAGACCGGGGUGGGGGAGUCAAAGGGCAAACUGCAGCGCUAUAAGGCGAACUGUAUACGGUAUAAUGAUACCAGGAGAUGUACAUAGACACAAAUUAACUCUUAUAAGGCUUCCACACACAAAUUAUAACAAAC